AUGCCCGGCGCUCAUGACCCAGUGCCUGCGCGCAAACGGCGGCGAGUCAGCAACUCGGCCGUCGAGCAGCAUGCGCAACCUGCACAGAGGAGAAAGUUACUUGAUACGCCUCCCAAUGCCGCCUCCGACGUCCCUCCACUAGAAAGGGGAAAGCACCCAGCCAAGCGUCGAGCGAGGCCAGCAGGAUCGCAUUUUAAAUCGAAGCAUAGCCAUGAUCUGGAAAACGAAGAUACAGACAGCGAGUCGAGCGUGUCCUCAAUCGCUUCGGAGGUAGGUCAACAUGAUACCAUAGGUACGACUCCCAAUAUCGAAACAAAGCUACUCGCACAUCUUCUGUGUAAGACCGAGCGACGCGUACAUGCUGCAGUGAAGAAGGCGCGAAACUUCGAAGCGUUGAGGAUCAUCAAAAGGCUCAAGAAUUCCGGCUCGCUCAAGGACUCUGGGUCGGGAAAGAAGACCCCUCUACAGUCUUCGGGGGAGCUCGAGGAGGAGCUGCAACACACCAAGACAGCAGAUAUCGAUGCCAUGACUGCAAGAGUCAUCUGUGCCAAGAUGAUCAAGAUGAAAAUGCUACCGCGAUCUGCCGAGGUCAAAAGACAUCAAUUUAACGACCAAGCGGUCUCGUCUGCCGACGGCAUGGUCGCAUGGCCAAACGCAAUCCUCGAGGCAUACCCGGUGCUCACUUCCUUGUCUGCCGUGCCAAGCCUUGCUAUGGAGCACUCUCGUACUUGUGGACUCUCUCCUGCAGCCGAUAUCUCAAUGCGCUCACCGUUGGAAAGACGCGCGAUGGAUCGUCUAGCAAGCUCGACGAUCGUAUCAGAAAGAUGUUGCGAUCUACUGAACAAGGUCUCAAACAAUAUUCAAAAGCAGCGCGGCUGCUCAACAAUCGCAAUUGUCAACGAUGUUGCACAAGAUGGCGUAAAUGCAAAAGCCGCAAGCACUCCCGCACAGAGUGAGCCUGUCCAAAAGGGCCUUGAUUACCUGCUGUCCCGCGAAUGGAGCGGCAGCGAGUGUGCGGAUGGCGACAGUCUUCUAGAAGGUGGAGAGGAAGGAGAUGAUGAAAGCAAAAGCGAAGAGGGCGGACUGAUCGCGGGUGAUAGGGAGGAGGCUGGGGAUGGAAAUGCGUUCGAUCCUUCCGUGCUUGAUGACACGCGGUGGGAUGCCCUUGUUGCCAGCGGGUCCGAAUCCGGCUCUGGUGAUGAGGUUGGCGAAGUCCAUGCCGAGAGGAAGAAAGCGCAUGGGGCACGGACUGAUAAUGGCGACGAUGAAACUUCUAAUGCAUCAGACGGCUCGAGCAGCGAAGAGGACGAAGGUGGAGCGAAGAGCUCGGCUUUCUUGCCUUCCUUAGCGGCGGGUUACGUUGGUAAACCCAUGCGUCUGGGCGUUCGCAACUCUGAUUCCGAAUGGAGCGAUGCCGAAGAAGAGCUAAUGAACGCUGGAAGCGACAUUGAGGUGGACGCAUCGGGCAAGAAGAGGAAAGUAUCAAAAGAGCGGAAGAAUCGCAUGGGCCAGCGGGCUCGUAAAGCUCUGUGGGAGAAGAAGUACGGACGGGGUGCUCACCACAUCCAGCUGCAGCACAAGGAGCAGCGCAUCGACGAGAAGCUUAAGGAGCGCAGGGAAAAAUGGGCUUCUGGCGGCAACACAACGGAGAAUGGUGUUCAGCAGCGCGCUUGGGGCAAGCAAAAGGCAGGAAGCAAGUCUCGAACUGAACGCCGCCCUUUCCACCAGAGGGAUGCCGGAAGCGACGGCGCGAUGGCGAAGCGCGGCCCAUAUCCUGGUACACAGAAAACAUCGGCGCAACCGGUUGUUUCCAAACCUAUCGAUGGCAAUUCAAAGGCGAAACAGCAGGAUAUGCAUCCUAGUUGGGUGGCAAAGCAAAAGCAGAAGGAGAUGUUGGCAUUGGCUUCUAGGCCGCAGGGCAAGAAGAUUACAUUUGACUAG